UAGCCUACACAGCAAACAUCACCCGUUAGCACCGGUUCAUGCUCCUCGACAGUUUUUAGAAGUUUAACGACACUUUUAAAGAAUUAAGGAACAAUGGCGAAAAGUAUUAAAGAUCACCUGCAAGAUAUUUUUGAUGAUCUGGGGAAGGACAAUCAGAAAAGGUUUAAAAGCAAACUGUGCGACCGGAAGACAGAGCCUCGCGUCCGGCGAGCUACAGUCGAAAAAGUUCAAGAUUCUUUAGAUCUCGCCGAUUUAAUGGUGAACACUUUCACAACGGAUGGUUCUGUUCCUGUAACAAUCGAAAUUUUGCAGGCUAUUGGCUGUAAUGAACAAGCAGUGGAGCUCAAAGAGAACACAGGACAAUUAUCCUCACAAUCCGACCACAGGCUUGUUUCCAUCUCUUUCAGAGCACUUCAUCGACAGGAAUCGGGCAAAGCUGAUAAGCCGAGUGUAGAUGCCAUCCUAGAUCAACUUCUAGACAAGAAAGUCAUCACAGAGGAGGUUUACAGUAACAUCCGUGCCGAGAAAACCCCACGAAUCAAGAUGAGAGAGUUAUUAAUGGGCCCAGUGAAAUCUGCUGGCACUAAAGGGAAAGAUGCCUUAUAAGCUCUCAAGGAUAUUGAGUUUUGCUUGAGACCUGGAGCAUAAGUGAAAACGCCUGGAUAUUUUUACAUUUAAUGUUUUUUUUAUUUAGUCUACUUGUUGUCUAAUUAGUAUAAAGGAUACAUAAUGAAAACAAGGUACUUCUAUUUCACAAUAACAGCAAACAAAUGGUGUUUAAAUAUUUUAACUCACCAUUGUUUGAAUUUAGUUUCCUAUACUUUUUUUCUUUUGUCUUUGCCUUGUCUGUUUUUUAUCAUCAGUCAAUAAACAAGCAAAUCUAUA